ACAUUUUAGUAGAUCAUAGAAUUUACGUUCAUAUUACAACCAUCGAAUUAACACGAUACAUCAGAUAGGCGAAUAAUUUGCUACAAUCAUCUAACUCAAUUGCGACUAAGAUAUACAUAGUCAGAGCAUAGCCACCGUCCCUCCCCCUCACACCCCCCAUAUACCUAUAGACUGAAACUACAAUGACAUCGAACACAACAGGAUUUCAGAAAUUUGAUUCUGCAAUUGCAUCUGAUUCUGAAGUAGACGAGUCUGAACUCCACAUGACAACUGGUCCCCCUUUACGAAGAUCUUCUUCUUUGUUCUCAUUAAAGGAAGAAUUACCCAAGCCUGAUGAAAAGGAGUAUAUUAAGUUUAUUGAUGAUGAAAGACACUUCUCCCUUAUUAGAAACUUGCACAUGGCCGACUUCAUUACUUUAUUGAAUGGAUUUUCGGGAUUCUACGCUAUAAUUUCUUGUUUAAGAUAUUCAUUAACUGGCAAGAGCAAUUAUGUCCAACGUGCUCACUUUUUCAUUCUUUUGGGAUUAUUUUUUGAUUUCUUUGACGGAAGAGUGGCAAGAUUAAGAAACAAAUCGUCCUUGAUGGGACAAGAAUUGGAUUCUCUUGCUGAUUUGAUUUCAUUUGGUGUGGGACCAGCUACAAUUGCCUUUUCCAUUGGUUUCCAGACCACUGUGGACGUAUUAUUCUUGGCAUUUUGGGUAUUGUGUGGAUUAACCAGAUUGGCCAGAUUUAAUAUUUCUACUAAUAAUAUUCCAAAGGAUCACACCGGAAAAUCUCAAUAUUUCGAAGGAUUGCCUAUUCCAACCAAUUUGUUUUGGGUUAUGGUGAUGGCAUUCUUGGUUAAAAAGGAUUGGAUUCAUCAAAAUUUACCUUGGGGAACUGUAUUACAAAACACUCCAUUUGAGUUCCAUUUGAUUUGUGUUGGUUUCUUUAUUCAUGGAUGUGGUGAAAUCUCGAAGUCUUUAAAGAUUCCAAAGCCAUGAUUUCGACUUAAUAUAUACAUAUACAUAACUUCUACAUAGCCCCUUUUUAAAAUUCAUGUAUUUUUCUUUUCAGUCCACUGUGGAUGAAUAUUCACACUCAAUUGGACAUUACGAAAAUCAAGUCCGUUGUAUAUCCCUGUUUGUAACUCAUUGUACAAUUCGGCGGGGAAAUUUCUUGGAUCUAAGAUUCCUAGAUUGUGCACAUCAUAAUAUAAAGUAUGAUGGAUAUGAGACACGUCUAAUCUUCGACUUAUUUCCCAAAAUGUUCGAUGGAUCGGAUUCAAUUUAAAUACGUAAUUAAAUGCAAAUUUCCAACUUGGUACAUUUCUUAGCUCUGGCGCGUCAGGAACUAUCCCCAUUUUCUUACAUUCUGAAUGGAAAAGAGCAAGCAAAUAGAGUGGUUCCUUCUUAUUUCCUAUUGCCUUCAUUAAUUGAUCCGUCAAAGGUUCCGUCUUGGCUGUCUUUUGGUAUUCUUCUUGGAAUUCUUGCAGCUCUAUAUUUCUAAAGAUAUUGAAUCCUUUUGCUGCACUUUUAAAAAAUGACUUAUUAUUGGUAUUGGAGCCAUAGUAACGUAUACUAGUUGUUUUUAAUAACAACAGUAUCCUAAUUGAACUUUGCCGAGCAAGGAGUCUAUACAUUAUUGUUGCAAGAACAACCCAGUUUCAAUUUCUUGAUUGUAGAUCU